GGGGACGCGCCGGGCCGGGCGGCUGCGCCUGGGGCUGCUCCUGCAGCCGCCCUGACCCGACCCGGAGCAGCAGCCUAAGACCACAGUCGGGAGGCCCCGGCGCGUCCCCACGCCAUGCUGACCCCGGCGCUGCUCUGCGCGCUCUGCUUCGGCCUCCUGUCCGCGUUCGCGCGCGCUGGCUACUCGGAGGACCGCUGCAGCUGGAAGGGCAGCGGCCUGACCCAGGAGCCCGGCAGCGUGGGGCAACUGGUCCUCGCCUGUACGGAGGGCGCGAUCGAAUGGCUGUACCCGGCCGGGGCGCUGCACCUGACCCUGGGAGGCCCGGACCUCGGCGCACGGCCGAGCAUCGCCUGCCUGCGCCCUGCUCAGCCGUUCACUGGCGCCCAAGUCUUCGCGGAGCGAGUGGGCGGCGCCCUGGAGCUGCUGCUGGCCGAGGGCCCAGAGCUGGCUGGGGGCCGCUGCGUGCGCUGGGGUCCCCAGGAGCGCCGAGGCCUUUUCCUGCAGGCCACACCGCAUCCAGACAUCAGCCGCCGUGUGGCCGCCUUCCGCUUUGAGCUGCAGGAGGACAGACAUCCAGAGCUGCCUCUCCAGGCCCAGGGCCUUGGCAUGGAUGGUGCCUGCAGGCCCUGUAGCGAUUCUGAGCUUCUCCUGGCUGCAUGUACCAGUGACUUUGUGAUCAACGGGACCAUCCAUGAGGUCACCCAUGACACAGAGUUGCAGGAGUCUGUCAUCAUCGUGGUGGCCACCCACGUCCUCCGUCAGACACUGCCGCUGUUCCGGAUGGGGGGCUCCGAGGGCCAGGAUCAGGCUACCAUUCGUACCCUGCUGCGCUGUGGUGUCCGCCCUGGCCCAGGCACCUUCCUUUUCAUGGGCUGGAGCCGCUUUGGUGAGGCCUGGCUGGGCUGUGCCCCCCGCUUCCAGGAAUUCAGCCGUGUUUAUACAGCUGCCCAUGCUGCCCACCUCCACCCCUGCGAGGUGGAGCUGGACUGAGGGACCUGGGAGCAACCAUCACCUGGACCCUCCUCUAGAGGCAGGGUGCUAU